AUGCAGAGACCUUAUCCCUCCAUCUACCACACCCCUCAAUCAAGCUCACCAGCUUCGGUAGCUUCUCAACCACAUGAACAACAUGGCCGCAACAUGUACUCGCAGUCACCACAGAUGCCACCACAGAUGUUCAGCUAUCCUCCAUAUUCGCCUAUGAACCCAGUUCAGCCCUCGCCAUAUGGGGCUCACCAUUCUCCCCAGCAGCAUCCGCAUCCUCUCACAACCCAGCCAUUGAUGAUGCCCCCUCAGAAAGCCCCAUCCCAGUUGCAAUCGCAUCAAUCCCCCCACCUCCCUACAUCUGGCAUGUCUAGCAGCCCCAUCUUGAAACUCGAUUCCUCCCAGCACCCCACCACUCCACAGCAAACAAUGCUAAACCCUCCUCUCGCGGCAACCAGCAGCCACGCAAUGUCUGCCAGCAAUCCCCACGCAAGCCCACCACUGGGUGGCACCACCUCCAGUGCAGCACCAGGCCCCAUCCCAGCCACGACCCCGCUAGUGGUGCGACAGGACAGCAACGGGGUGCAGUGGAUCGCCUUUGAAUAUUCCCGAGACCGAGUGAAGAUGGAAUACACCAUCCGGUGUGACGUGGAAUCCGUCAUUGUGGACACGCUCACACAUGAAUUCAAAACGGAGAACUGCGUGUACCCGCGCGCCUGUUGCAGCAAGGACCAAUAUCGCGGGAACCGACUGGUCUACGAAACAGAAUGCAACGCCGUCGGCUGGGCGCUGGCAGAGCUGAACCCCGCUCUGAGGGGAAAGCGGGGAUUGAUUCAGCGUGCUGUCGACAGCUGGCGCAAUAGCAACCAGGACCCGAGACUGCGCAGCAGACGUGUUCGUCGGAUGGCUAAGAUUAACCGAAGACAGUCGGUUCCCGCCCAGUCUUCUCAUAUGGCGCAGCAAGGCCCUGCUGGCCCUGCUGGUCCGCCUGGUCCGGGUAUGAGUGCUAUGCCAGCUCCUGUUCCCCGCCCGACUUUGGGACCCAUGUCGAUGGGCCCGCCGCAGAUGCAUCAUCAUCAUCAACCUGAUGGUAGUCCCCAUGAAGAAGUUAGCGGCACAGAAUACCCAGGCCACCGGAGCCUGGACACACGCCUUCCACAGCCCUCAAUCGCGGACCUGCGCCCUGCCCACAUCUUCCAUGACGCCCCAACAACCCUAAUUUCAGGCGGCAGCGCCAGCGGCCCCUCUAUGCCCCCCCCUCCUCCGCGACAACAGCCUCACCUCACUAAGCCGCCACACAAUCGCCCAACAAACGACGACCUCUUCAGUCAGCUCCCAGACGGCAAACGCCGCAAAUUCAUCCUAGUCGACGACCCACAGCGUGGCUGUCGCGUCCGCGUCAAGGUCGUCCUUGACAAGGUCAACAUGGACGAGAUCCCAGACUCCUACCGCGAGUCCAACGCUGUCUAUCCACGCACCUACUUCCCUAUCCAGAUGCGCGACGAGAACCACGUCGUCCCCGCUAAGCGGUUUUUCCGCGAUGACGCCGAGCAGGCGGAUGAUCCCGAAGCACCAACCAUCGGUCGCACGACUGUGCCUGCGCCGUCGCUUGACGCCGAGAACGAAAUCGAGGUGCCGAAGAUCUCUCGCAGAAAACAUCAUAAGGAAUUGAUGCUUAAUGACCUCGGCUACCGUAUGAGCUGGAGUCAGAGUCGUGUGUUUGCGGGACGGAUGUUAUUUUUACAGCGAUCUUUGGAUGCCUAUCGCGAUAAAAUGAGAAGCAGUAUGCUCGCCGCGGGCCAGGAUGCGGGGGAUAUCCCAGAUCAUUUUGAUACUCGUCGUGGCAAGCGACGGUUCCUGGAGCGUGGGCGUCGGUUAGGGUCUAGUUCUGAGAAUGCGGCGCGGCGGAGUGCGGAGGAGGUUGAAGGUUAA